GUGUACGAAUCCUACUGCUCGUUGUUCUACACUUUGUUCUUCCUCCGCCUCUCUCUCCGCGUUCCUCUUUCCUUUCUCCCGUCCGGAUUCGGACGCUGCCGCUCCGUUUCUCUGCAAAUUCCGAUGCAAUUUCUACCAUGAAUUAGCUUCUCCGUCGUUGUUUAUCCUCGAAUUUCAAUGGCAGACAGUACUUCGUCUCCGAGACCGGUCCAACAGAACCCGAUGGACCCUUCGCCACCGCCGCCGCAGCCACAACCGCAAGUUCAACCUUCAACGGCCGCUAUUCCACAGAAUUCAUCAAAUCCUCUCAAUUCCUCUGUAAAUCCUCCUAUUCCAUCCCCCUCUGCGCUCGCUCAAUCACCUUCAAUUGACCACUUACAUCCGCUCUCUCAAAUCUCUUCCCCUCCCCUUUCGCACAUCUCCCUCCCGCAAAAUCCGCAGCAACAGCAACAACUGAGCCCUGCGGUUGGAUUAGACUACCAACAGAAGCCUCUACAGCAGCAGCAGCAGCAGCAGCAGCAACAACAACAGCAGCAGCAACAUUCGCAGCAAUUAGUGCAACAACCCCAGAAUGCGAACGCGAUGACGAAUUUCCAACUCCAGCAGGCCUUACAACGGUCCCCUUCGAUGUCUCGGAUGAGCCAAUUGCAACAGCAGCAGCAGCAGUUUGGGAUGAUGAGACAGCAAACGGGGCUUUAUAGUCAGAUGAAUUUUGGUGGGUCUUCUACAAAUCAGCAGCAGCAACCGCAGCAACAGCCUAACCAACAGCAGCAAAUGGGUUCUGGGAAUCUGUCACGGUCUGCGUUAAUUGGUCAGGGUAACCAUUUGCCCAUGUUGUCUGGGGCGGCUGCUGCUCAAUAUAACUUGCAGUCACAAUUACUGGCUUCGUCAAAGCAGAAAGCCGGUUUAGUCCAGGGUCCGCAAUUUCAGUCAGGUAACUCUCAUGGGCAACCUUUGCAAGGAAUGCAAGCAAUGGGGAUGAUGGGAUCAAUGAAUUUGAGCUCACAACUAAGAGCUAAUGGUACCCUUGCGUCAUUUGCCCAACAGAGAAUAAAUCAAGGUCAAAUAAGGCAGCAAUUGUCUCAACAAAGUUCACUCACCUCUCCACAGGUUCAGAACUUACCGAGAAUGUCAAAUCUUGCAUUUAUGAAUCAGCAAUUGACUAGUUUGGCUCAGAAUGGGCAGCAAACUAUGUUGCAGAACUCUUUGCCACAGCAACAGUGGCUGAAGCAAAUGCCAUCAAUGUCUAGCCCUGGCUCACCUUCAUAUCGUCUUCAACAGAGGCAGCAACAGGUCUUGUUGCAGCAGCAACUGCCUUCAUCUACUCAAUUGCAUCAAAACUCCAUGUCCUUGAACCCUCAACAAUUUUCUCAGCUUGUACAGCCACAGUCGUCCAUGGGACAUCAACAGCUGCAUCAACAGCAACAGCAACAGCAACAGCAACAGCAGCAAUCACAACAGCAGCAACCACAACAACAACAGCUACAGCAGCAGCCACUUCAUCAACAACAACAGCUUCUUCAACAACCAUCACCACAGCAAGCGCUGCAACCAGUAUUGCAUCAGCAUCAGCAUCAGCAUCAGCAUCAGCAGCAUUCUCCUAGGAUACCUGGAAUUGCAGGCCAGAAAUCUCUUAGUUUGACUGGAUCGCAUCCAGAUGCUACUGCGUCUGGCAAUAGUACACCUGGGGGAAGUUCAAGCCAAGGGACAGAAGCUGCCACUCAAGUCCUUGGGAAGAGAAAGAUACAAGAUCUGGUUUCACAGGUAGAUCCACAUGGAAAGUUGGACCCUGAAGUUGAAGAUCUUCUAUUGGAGUUUGCCGAUGAUUUUAUUGAUUCGGUUACUACAUUUGCCUGCAGUCUGGCAAAACAUCGGAAAUCUUCAACUUUAGAAUCCAAGGAUUUAUUGCUACACUUAGAGAAGAAUUGGCAAUUGAACGUUCCUGGAUAUUCAAGUGACGAGUGGAAGAACCACAACAAAAAUUUAUCAAGUGAUCUCCACAAGAAACGUCUGGACAUGAUACGCCUAUUGAAGGAAGCCUCCCGUGUCGAAACAAAUGUAAACAGUCCAAGAGAGAUUGUCAGACAAGGGGUCGGAAUCUCCAUUGGUGCCAACACUCUAACGAGGCCUUCACCGAGUUCAGAACAACUACUGUCGCAGACGACUGGUUCACAGCUGCUGCAGCAAAUAACGCGGUUUUGAUGAAUUAACUAUGUUUGAAAUUGAAACUAAUGCUCGUGGAUCCCAACUACUAGGUGAAUAACCCCGGAGUCAGUUCAGGGAUACAACAAUAAAGUGAAAUCUAGAGGAUGCCAUUUCAGAGGGGACCUGAACUUCUGUGUGGAGUGUGAUGGUUCUUAGUGAUACAACUUUGGAAAGCAUUUUUUUAGGCUGUAUAAUAUGAAGAUGCAUUAUCUGAAACAUGGGCAUAAUGUGAAUUGUACAAAAUAUUUGGCAGUCAUAUUAGUAUAGGCCUUGAGUUAUUGUUAUCUACCAUGGGAGGAGGACAUUUUCAAUUUAUGAUUCAUAGGCUUUACAGUCUCAAAUCAUCUGAAGUCUGUUGAGGAUCAUAGCACAAUUGUUACAAAUGGAAUAGAAGAUACGAUUUUUCAGCCCUUCCCCAUCUCCCUUUAACUGUUUUCCAAGCUCAUUUGAAUUAAUGUUACCUGUUAUUUUUCCA